CAGAUUGGGAAACGAUAUACUUGCAAGUGAUGCAACGUGCUCGGAAUGGGUUGCUUGGUCUAAAUGGAGAGUUCUGUUACGCAUUUUGUCUGUGUCGCUGGGCUUGAGCAGCACAAUGGAACUCAUGUGUUCCACGUGAUAUAGUCGACACUUGAGCCAGGUAAGGGAGGUGCUCUAUGACUCUAUUUGCCUUGUUUUGUUUGCACCUGCCUCCGUAUUGCAACCAAGUGGUUUGCGCACUUCUAUAAAGUAUCGGGCCUCGCUGUUUGAUGAUCUACUUUUUACACUGAUUCAUUCAAUCAAAUCCAUUCAAAAGCACAGACACGCCAGUCUCUUUGUACCGUCUCACAUCUACAGCGCACUUCUCCUUGUCUCCAGUCCUACACGAAAGCAAGCUUCAACUACCAAUCACACAAGUCAAACUCGAGGAUAUCAACCCAUAAAGGUCCCAGAGCCCACCUUCUCGCGAAGCAGCCAUGGCCCCAAAGGAAGGAGAGGAUAGCAACAAGUCCCCUGCGACUGUCAAACCCAGCUCGGAUUCACCAUCGACCAGCAAGACGUCGGAUCCCACGAGUCAGAAGGCCGCUGAGGAACCUACCAAAGCUUCUGCAACCCCAGACACAGGCGAGAAGAGAAGGUUCAAAGGGAAGUCUGAUAACUGCCCGCGCUGUGGUGCACCAGGCUCCUUGGGAGAUUGCAAAUUAUUGGUUACUCUGAACUGCGAUCCAUUGAGGAGAUCGGUUCAUAUUGAGAAGGAGAAAGGCGGGCAUUCAAUUACUUUUCUUGAUUCACAACGUAGCAGCACCCAUGUAUGGCAGUUCAGGGGGUUUGGUGAUUCAUUGAGUUGUCAGGCUGGCUGGCACUCCCUUGACAUUUUACGCUCCUGUCUUGACGGCAGGUCUUGGAGUGUGAAUCGCUGCAUUUCUUAUCAUACAUCCACAUGGACGGUCCCUCAAAAGCUUCAUAACGAGUGUUGCUCCAAAACAGACUACUUCAAUCUCGCAAACACCUUCAUCAAGAACCUUCAAAGUGGUCUCGACACCGUCUUCAACUACAAACAGCCUGCCAGCAUCAUCGAUUAGCAGCCACCCAGCGUUUUCAUUGCACAACUAUCAAAGUACUAUAAUAAUCACAAUGGCCAGCAGCAUCGCAUCGAC